AUGUCGCGCCAGAUCAACCAACCAUCAAACCAGAUCAAGCUGACCAACGUGUCUCUUGUGCGUCUCAAGAAGGGCAAGAAGCGCUUCGAAAUCGCCUGCUACAAGAACAAAGUUCUCGAGUGGCGCUCCGGCAUCGAAACCGAUCUCGACAACGUCCUCCAGAUCCCCAACGUCUUUAUCAAUGUGUCCAAGGGCCAGACGGCACCGGCAGCGGAGCUGACCAAGGCCUUUGGCAACAAGGCGACGACUGAGUCCGUUGUGCUUGAGAUUUUGAAAAAGGGCGAAUUGCAAGUCGGCGACAAAGAACGGGCGGCGCAGCUUGACCGAGUACACCACGAGGUCAUUGACAUUGUGGCAGGCAAGCUGGUGGACCCACGAACACGACGAGUCUACACGACCGGCAUGAUUGAGAAGGCACUGGACAUGCUGAGCGCGCAGGCCCACCAGCAACAAGAGCAACGGCAUAAGGAACAGAAGGAGCAAAAACAGCAAGAGCAAAAACAGAAGCAGGAGGCAGAAGACGACCAGGAGGAUAGCGAGGGCAAAAAGCCGGUGUCCGACGAAGAGGACGUCGCUGGCGGUAAGGAUGGCGCUGCUGGCCCUGCAAAGGUUCCCAUGUGGACCGGCGUCACGGCUGCCAAGAGCGCCAAAUCGCAGGCGCUCGACGCCAUGAAGGCCCUGAUUGCGCUGCAGCCGAUCCCCGUGAUGCGUGCGCGCAUGCGUCUGCGUGUGACGUGCACAACGAGUGUUCUGAAGCAGGCGGCCAAGACCUCCGCCCCCGCAGCCUCGGCGUCUGGCGAAGAGGGCGGUCAGAAGAAGGCACCCGGCACGGUCAAGGACAAGAUCCUCAGUUACGUGGAACAGGUUGAGAGCCAGGACGUUGUGGGCUCCAGCUGGGAGGUGACCGGGUUCGUUGAGCCGGGUGCUUUCAAGGCCCUGUCUGACUUUGUCGACAACGAGACCCGUGGCCAGGGACGUGUCGAAGUUCUGGACGUCACGGUGACAAAAGAGGACUAA